AUGUCUGUCCAAGCUGCCUGGGAGGCCUGCUCGAAGACAGACACCCUCUUUAUUCUAGUAUGCAGCAUCUUCUGCUGGCUGAUUAUCCCGGCAGUCGGCCUCGCCUACUCAGGCUACUCGACACGAUUCAAUAGUCUAGCGUCCUUCUACCCCGGUCUCCUAGCAGUAUCCGUCUGUUCGAUCCAAUGGUGGAUACUAGGAUAUUCACUCGCCUACGGCGACGGCAACAGUGUAUUUGGCGGCUUCGGUAAAAUUUUCCACACCGGCGUCCUCGCCGAACCCGUCGGAACUAUCCCAGAGAUCCUCUUCUCCGAAUUCCAGCUCAUCUUCUGCGCCACGGUAUGCGCGAUCGCCAUUGGAGGCGCCUGCGAGCGCGGAAGACUCCUCCCACUCAUUCCUUUCAUUUUCCUCUGGUGCACCUUCAUCUACGCGCCCCUAGCGCACAUGGUCUGGUCAGAAAACGGCUUCCUAGCCAACCUGGGCGCCCUCGAUUUCGCCGGAGGCACGCCCGUCCACAUCUGCAGCGGUGCAUCAGCAACAGCCAUGAGCCUCUACCUCUCCUAUCCACUCUUCCGCUCCAAGCGCUCCCUCACUCGCACCCCCCAACACCUCACCCUGCAUAAACCCCACAACACCCUCUGCCAACUCCUCGCCCUAAUCAUCAUCUGGAACGCCUGGCUUGCCUUUGACGCCGGCACCACCCUCGCCCUCAACUUCAAAUCCGUCAUGGCAGCCUGCGUCACAAACCUCUGCGCCGCAUCAGGCGCCCUAACCUGGGCCUCCCUCACCUACUGGGACACGGGGAAAUGGAGUCUAGACAGCACUUUCCUCGGCGCAAUCGCCGGCCUCGUCCUCAUCACCCCCAGCGCCGGCUUCAUUGACAUGACGACGGCAGUUGGGUUCGGGGUCCUGGGCGCAUCGCUCGGGCGACAGGCGCUGCGGAUUAAGUUCACGAAGUGGGCUGCGCUCUGGCGUUGGGUCGAUAGCGGGGAUACGUUUGCUACGCAUUGUCUAGGUGGGUUUUUGGGGACGAUUGUUACGGGGUUGUUUGCGAGGCGGGAGGUCGCGGCGUAUGAUGGGAGUACGGUUAUUAAGGGGGGAGUAGUGUUUGAUGGGAAUUGGGGCCAGCUUUGGAUUCAGUUUCUUGAGGCGGUCAUUGGGUUUGUGUGGAGUUUUGGGGGUAGUUAUGUGUUGUAUGCUUUGGUGGAUUGUGUGCCUGGGUUUGAGGUGUUGGGGUCGGAUGAGGACGUCGUUGCGGGUAUGGAUGCGUCGCAGAUGGGCGAGUCGUUGUAUGCAGCGCAGUGGGAGGGGGAGGAGGAUUAUCAUCCGUUUGAGGGGAUUCGGUUGUAA